AAAUGGAUUGUUAUUAAAAUUGUCAAUUUACUCGUACAUAAUAACCUAAACUCGCAACGAGUUGAUGUAUCAAAGAAUAUGGCAAUCCAAACGGAAAUCAUUCUCUUCCUUCAAGACAUUCAAAGUUUCACGCCGCUCAGAAGCAUGAGACUGCCACGAACGCUUCGACCAAACCGACCUGCAGCACAUUGGCUAGUGGUGGCCAUGAUCAUGGUUCCCUGUGCAUCAAUGCCGACGAUACCCAUUGAACGAGGCUCUCCGCGUAUCUUCAGCAGCCUGCAGGUGAAAGAAUCUUCCGACGGUCUGGCAGCCUACCCUGCAAACUUCCCACUCACACUCGACUGCUUUGCAAUAGGAAGAACUUUGUUGUGGUACGAGAACGGCCAGGUGCUGGAUGAUGUCUCAGUGGAGGAGUUGUUGGGAGGCUACAAGUUGUCAUCGCUGCACAUCGACAACCUCAGCCCAACUGACGACCUCCGCAGGUUCACGUGUUCCGUCGGAUCUCCGGACGACCCAAGUGUCUCGAGCUCCGUCGUUUUGCAUGUUAUCG